AAAAUAUUUGUUUAAUUAUUAUAGUGAUAUGUUUUUAAUCAUAAUUUUUAUCAUUAAUUAUCAGUCCCGCAAUUAAAUUUUAUAUUAAGGAUUAAUAUUUUAGCUUAAAAUUAUCAUUUGUUUAAAUGAGUCUAAAUACUACAGCAAAUGACUCAAAUCAAGCUAUGGAUAAAUUAAGGGAAUUGAUACAAAUUUUACAGCUGAAUGGUAAUUAGAGGAAAAAAUAACACAUUAAUUUUUUAAUGGAUGUUUUAUAGAUUAUACCUUUUUUCAUUAAAUUCAGAGAAGAAGGAGAUGAAUUUACAUAAAGACUAUUUUGCAAAUAUAUUAAAUACGAAUACUAUAAUUCAUCAUAGCUUGUUUUUAGAACAGGAUAGUAAGGAGAUAGCUUUUACAUAAUCUUAGCUGGAAAAGUAGGAAUAUAUGCAGAAAAAAAUUAAAUGAUAAACAUUCAAGAUGUUGUAAAUGGGUUUAAUCAAGAUAAAGAAAUGAAUUAAGAUACUCAUGAUAAUAUCAAGCUUAUUAAGGUUUUAGAUGCUGGUGCCAGUUUCGGAGAAAUGGCUCUUUACGAAGAUAAUUCUUUAAGAGUUUCAACAGUUUUUGCUCACACUGAUACAUUUUUAGGGGUUAUCAAAAGGGAGGAUUAUUUGAAUAUCAUUUAAAAAAAAGAAGAAAGAGAAAGAUAAAAAACUAUCUAAAAUCUUAUUAAUAUGAGUUUAUUUUAAGGAUGGAAUAUGAAAGAGAUAUCAAAUAUAGCUGAAAAAAUGAAAACUAUUCAUUGCAAAAAGGAGGAAAUUAUAUACUAAGAGAAUUAGCAAAUAUAAUCUGUAUUCAUUGUUCUGAAUGGAACUUUUUUAAUUGCCUAAAAUGAUGAAAUAGAUGAGUGGGAUGAUUGCACAAUAUCAGUGGAAGAUAUAAUGAAAAAAGAAAAAAAGAUAAAGAAACAAAAAUAAAAAUUAAGAUUACUGUAGGUUCAUGAGCUAUUUGGUGAAGAAGAACUAUUUCAAAAUUAAAAUAAGAGAAUCCACAAAGUAGUGUGUAUUUCAGAUAAAGCAACACUGUUCUAAAUGGAUAUAUUUACUUUUGAAAAUGAUAUUUUAAACAAAAAUGUAAAUACUAAAUAAGAAAUUAUAAAAAGGGUUAAAGUCAAGUUAGAGGAUCUUUAGUAAAAUUAAGAUAAAGAAUUAUAGCAAACCAAUGAUUAUUAAAGUUUAAUGUCUAAAAAUUACAAAACGAUUCUUCUUAAAUUCAAUAAUGAUGAAAAUGGACAAAUGCAAAAUUUAAUUGAAAAAAGCUCAAGAAGGUUAGACAAAAAUGAGAAUAAAAUAAAUUCUGUUUGCAAUAUUUAAGAUGCUUAUACAAACAGAAAGAAUACCAAAAUUGUAGUUUCAAAGAAAUAAGUGAUCAGAAAAGGAAGGUAUUUAAAUUAAUCACUUAAUUAUUAGUAGACUAGAUAAAAUAGCCUUGAAAAUAUCAACUAAGAAUCUAAUAUUUUAUUGAAUGGAUAUGAAGCUGACUAAAUGUACAUUGACUAAGACACUUUAUAGAGCCAUUAUAAAAAUAAAACAAGUCCUAUGAAGGAAAAAAAUUCUAUUGUUAAUGAAAUAAAUAGUGAUUUACCCAAGCUUUACUAAAAAGUAAAAGCCUCCAUUAUUUAAUAAUCAGACACUUCUAAAAAUCCAAACUCAUUUGUGCUUCAAAACCCUGAUAGCUUUAUACUAAAUUUUCUUCCCAGUAUGAAUAAGGAACUGACUCAUAAAAUGGAAUAAAUCCAUAAUCAAAAAAAUUAAGAGCUAUAAGAAAACAUUUUGAAAAAAAUACAAAGAACAAAAACAACAGAAAGCUCAAAUAAAAUUUAAAAUAAUAAAAUAGAUUUAUAAAAUGAAGGUGUAAAAGGAUCAUAAAUUUUUGGAAAUUUUGAUUAAUUAUAAAGAAAAAAAAAGAUAAUGAUUGAAAAAGCUUUUUAUUAUAGAUAAAAUGAAUAAAAUGGAGUAUAGCAAUAAAAAUUAUAGCAAAUCGUAAAUAAUUCAUCUAAUAACUAAAAAUAAAACUAUCCUUUAGCUGUAAUUCUUCCAAAUAAGUUGUAUAAAGAAGAAAAAAAAAGAAGUAACAGCAUUAAUACUAUUUCAAAAAUAGAAGAUUAACAAUAUAAAUAAUCUCUGAAAAAAUAUUUGUUAAAUUAAGUUUAGCAAUCCAAUAGAGACAAAGUUAAUGAAAUGUAUAAUACAGAAAUUUAAUCACUUGAAGUUAUUAAUAAUUGCUCAGAUUCUAUUUUAGUGAAAAAUAAUUCAAGUUUUUCGUAUAAUAAGAGGUUAAGUGAAAGAUAAUCUUUAAGCUAAAGGACCUCACCUAAGCAUUUAUAAAGAAAAAGAUUAUAACCAUUAAACUGAUUUUUUUAAAUUGCAUUUAGUAAAUUCAAUUUAAUUGAUAUUUUAACUUUAUACUAAAUAAAAUUAAUGUGUAUAUAUAAUAUAAUUAUUUUCCUUUUUAUAAUAUUAAUAAGUUAAUUUUAUAGCCAAC